UGAAUACUACAAUCUCAGCAAACUCACUGCAUAAAUCAUCAUAAAUCAUUCUGAUCUCAUGAGCACCAUGGGCAUUUUGGGCAUUUUGGUUCAAGUUGAGUGCCACGUCACCUGCUCUUUAGUUUGCACCUUUGCGCCUUUGCGACCUUUGUAAGGUAUGCAGACCCCCGCACAGCAGGUGAGCCAGCUUGCACAGCAGAACUCCAUCUCCACCUUGGUGGCCCGAGUUCGUGCACGCAGCGCGGGAACGCCAAUGCCAUUCACUUCACAGGGGCCUGUUGAGAACUCCGAAUCGGGCAGAGGAUAUACUCUCGGCAGGGAGUACCCCACGAUGGGUCAUGGCGACAUGUUUUCUGGCAUUGUGACUCCCGUUGCACUCAGUUUGACAUUCUGCAUCAUGAUUGGCAAAACUCUUGCCAAGUGAUUCAGUCUCCAUCUGGGCCAUGCAACAAAGUCUUGGCCUUUGAAAUCAGAUGUCUCUUGAAGUUCCUGUACAGUUCCGCCCUUUUUGCCACGGAACCGGGUCCCUGAUCCGCCGUUGUGGUUCUCGAGGGCGAACCAAAGUGUUUGUUGCUGCCCAUGUUGGCGACAGACCAAAGACACCCAACAACGAAAAUGCCCGAAGCAAUAAAGAGAAUCAAGUUUCGGUUCGAGUUGUGAACACUUAAAUGUGUGAUCCUUAUCUGAACUUAGGAAACCUUUCCC